AUGGCUACUGGAAAUGAUGAUCCACACCUGGGUGACAGCCCGUCCGAGGACUCAGAGAUCGUCUCGGAUGAUUCUGACUCAGGGAGCGUGCUUUCUGAUGACUCAGUGCUUCCCGACUUUGAAAGGGAGGCAAAAGACACCGAUCCAGCUAAAACGGUGCUUGAGGCCUGUGUUAGGAAUGAGGCUGCAUCUCUGCGAAGCAUCCUGGAGAGAGGGGUCACAAAAGAAGAGGCCAUGGAGCUGAACAUCAAUGGCAGGAAUGGACUGAUGGUGGCUGUGGGCAAAGGCUUUGUGGACAUUGUCACCCUGCUGCACACAUGUCCAUUCAUAGACAUCAACCACCAGGACAAUGAUGGCAACACGGCCCUCAUGAUUGCUGCCCAGGCAGGCUUCAUCACCAUCCUUAACUUUAUCCUUAACUACUACCCUGCUGUUGACACCGAGAUCAGGGAUCCCCGUGGGUUCACAGCCCUCAUCAAGGCAGGUCUGCAGGGCCGAGAAGAGUGUGUGUGCGCCCUGCUGAUGCACGGUGCAGAUAUUAAUGCAAUGGACCUGGUCCAAGGAAGAGGUCUAAAGGACUGGGUCCUGAGGACAGGAAGGUUCGACACUCUGACCAGAAUACGCCGUCUGCAGGUCCAUCCUGUUGCUGAGCAGUUCUGUGAGAGCUACAUUCCAGAGUGGCCUGAGCUGAAGCAACUAGUAGCAAAGGCCACUGCCACCAAAUCAGCCAGUCAGAAGCUGAGGCAGCGCUUAAAAGACAGUCUAAGUUUCAGCUUCCCACAUGACCCUCAGGACAAUGGGGUCAUGGACCACAUGGUGCGGAUGACUACAGGCAUCCACAGCCCCCUCAUAGCUACUGGUUGCCGUCCAUUUUGUCCUACCAGCCCUCCAGAGAUUGGCAAACGACGAUUUGCUGUACCUGAACUGCUUAAAAAGCACAGCACUAAGGAGCUGGAGGAGAGCACAGUGUCCCACAGUAAUGGCUCCAUUACGUCAGCUUCUCCCACAGGUGUUUCAGCCACCUCUGUGUCUCUGACCUCCUGCUGCCAGGAAUCAGAGCGCAGGGAAAGCAUGGGACCAGGUGGCAUGAGAAGCUUCAUUCCACGCAGUAUGGCACACAGGAACAGCAUCUUCCCCUCAGGAUGUAUUCCUAAGAUUGAAGUGACUAAAUCUGGGGAGCCUACUCCAAAGAAAGAGAAAAAGAAGAAAAGGCAGAAGGGCUACCUGGAGCCUCCUGUGUGGAAGUACAAGGAGGCCAAGGAGGAGAAAAAGAGAGAGAAGAAACAGCAGCAGGAAAAAGAAAAGGAAAAAGAACAUGACAAGAAAUCAAAGGGGUCAAAACGUUCAUCAAGCCAAAAAUGA